GGUAGUUUUAAACAAAUAUCCACUUAAUGGGUUGGUAUAGACCACUGAAAGCAACCAGUGAAUGUUCUUUAAGAGAAAUGACGCAUAGAGCAGGGCUCAAGUCUUUUUCAUUCACGUCACAACAGACUACAUGUCUCAUCAACGGGAAACCUACGCCUCCCUGCUGGGAGUUACACACUGACGAUGUUUACAAUUGUGCAACUCAUUCGGAGCUAAUUAGAGCGCUGUUAAACCCUGGCAUACGUUAUCACAAUUAGACUUUUUUCAGCCCUUGGGACAGUUAUUGUGGUUCGCCGUGCAGAAGGUGUUCAGUCCCCCAUUCACUGCGCACUCUCUCUACGCGCUCCGGCCCCAGCUGCCGUGGAUCUGGCACUGUAGCAGCAGGUGUGAGGAACAAACCUGUAAAAAGACCUGAGGCCUGGGUGUGAAGCAAAGAGAGGACAGGAAGAAAAUGGACAAAACAGGCACAGGAAGCUGCAUUCUUGAGGACAACCCUCCCACUUGUACAGUAAAGAACUGUCACCCAAAUCUAAAGAUGUUCCUUGCAGCCUUAUCCAAUGCCUACUUUGCCAAGGCCUUAUCCGGCAGCUACAUGAAAAGUACAAUCACACAACUAGAGAGGCGAUUUGACAUUCCCAGCUAUUUAAUCGGCAUCAUAGAUGGCAGCUUUGAAAUGGGGAAUUUGUUAGUGAUUGCUUUUGUCAGUUAUUUUGGUGCCAAGCUCCACCGACCCAAAAUCAUAGCAAUUGGAUGCAUCUUGAUGUCUUUAGGAACCUUCUUGAUUGCCAUGCCUCAUUUCAUCAUUGGCCAUUAUAAGAUUGAAACAACCAUCAGAGCUUCAGAGAACUCAACCAGCCAGCUCUCUCCAUGUCCAGUAAGGUCUUCGGAGUCAUCCAGGGCAGGUGAUGGAUCCUCUUCACUGUUCUCUAAAGGAUGUGAGCAAGAAUCCAGCAUUUUAAUGUGGAUGUUUGUGUUGCUGGGAAAUGUCCUACGUGGAAUUGGAGAAACUCCUGUGCAGCCUUUAGGAAUUUCCUAUAUUGAUGAUUUUGCAGAAUCAGAAAAUGCUGCCCUGUAUAUAGGCUGUGUUCAGACCAUUUCAAUAAUUGGUCCUGUAUUUGGCUUCUUACUGGGGUCUCUGUGUGCCAAGAUUUAUGUUGAUGUCGGCUAUGUAGAUAUGGAGACGAUCACCAUUACCCCUGAAGAUGCCCGCUGGGUAGGAGCAUGGUGGCUGGGUUACCUAAUUGCUGGCACUGUCACCCUCCUGUCUGCCGUUCCUUUCUGGUUUCUGCCCAAGUCUUUGCCAAUGCCUGUGGACAAACAUGAUAGCAGCUGUACUCCAGAACAGACAAGGUUUAUCAAAGAUGCAGAUUCUCCAACCCUGGAUCAUAAGAUCAGACUCGAGGAACCAGCCAAUUUACAUGUUAUGGCCAAUGAAUUUGUGCCAACAUUGAAGACUCUUCUUGGAAACCCUGUAUACAUCCUGUAUCUGGGUGUAACAGUCAUUCAGUUUAACUCACUCAUUGGUAUGGUAACCUACAAACCCAAAUACAUAGAGCAGCACUAUGGCCAGUCAGCAUCAAAAGCCAAUUUUUUUAUGGGCAUGAUCAACAUCCCAGCUGUGGCCCUUGGGAUGUUCUCUGGAGGCGUGGUCAUAAAGAAGUACAAACUGGGUGUCAUGGGAGCAGCUAAAUUAGCCUUUGGGACUUCCCUGUUGGGGUUCUUUCUGUCAUUCCUAUUCUUAGCCAUGGGCUGUGAGAACUCCAAGGUGGCAGGCAUUACAGUUUCAUACACUGGAGAGGAAGACUUGCCUUAUCAGGAACAGUCUUUGUUUUCUGACUGUAAUUCUGGUUGCUUGUGCUCCACAAAGGAGUGGGAUCCAGUGUGUGGAGAGAAUGGGAUCACCUACGUAUCUCCUUGUUUAGCUGGAUGCACUUCGUCCAGAGGCUCUGGAAGGAACAUGGUUUUUGACCAUUGCAGUUCCUUCAUCAUCUCUCUCGGGGGAACACCUGGACUGAUGCUGCUUGUCAGGUGCAUUAAGCCUGAGCUGAAAUCCUUAGCUCUUGGAAUCCACACCCUGGCAACGCGCACCCUGGCAGGAAUACCCGCUCCCAUCUACUUUGGGGCCAUAAUAGAUACAACCUGCCUCAAAUGGGCCUACAACACAUGUGGAGGCAGAGGUGCUUGCAGAAUAUACAACACUUCAUCUUAUAGGAUAGUGUACCUGGGCCUCACACUUGGUCUGAGGGCGGUCUCCUUCUUCCUUUGCAUUUGGGGAUUUGACCUUCUCAGAAAACAUAUUAAAAGAGAGAAGAAGGCUCUGAGCAACGACAGUGGUGAGCUGGAGUUUUUGAGAAAAGAGAACGGCUCUGCAACCGGGGGGCAAUUUUUACUGAGCCCUGACUGCAAUCCUGAAAGAGAGACUCGUUUGUAACACAUCAUCUCUCUUCUGACUCAAUUUUUGAAGCACCUUACAUAUGCUGAGAUAUAUCUCAGAGCAGGCAGAUAUAUAUUUGUACACAAUUUGUGCAAAAAUAUAUAAUCUGAAACAUGUUAUUAAAAAAAAGUUGUCUUUAAUUUUAUGUUUUGUCCUUGA